AUGUCUCGCAUCAGCGAACAAGACGCAACCAAGUUCCUCCUGAGCUGCGUCCGCCACUCCAACAACGGCAAGAUCAACUUCGAAGAAGUUGCCACCGAAUGCGGAAUCACCUCCAAGGGAGCAGCAGCCAAACGCUACGAGCGCCUCGUCAAGGCCCACAGCUCCACCACCAACGACGAAAACGCCAACGCCAGCGCUGGAGCAGCGGAGACCCCCAAGAAGGGGCGUUCUCCUGCGAAGCGUAAGUCUGGGGUUUCGUCCGCCAAGGGAGCGACUAAGAAAGCGAAGGGCAAUUCGGGUGGUACUGCCGAGGCCGGAAAUGGAGAAGCGGUAUCUAACAAUUUGUCGAAGAGUGAAAUGAAGAAACUCGAUGACGAGCUGGAUGCUGCGAAUGUUAGUGGGGAUGGCUACGCUGCUGGCAAGAAAGCGGUGGGUGGUGAGUUCACUGAAAGUGAGAUGAAGAAAUUGGAUGAGGAGCUUGAUGCUGCGGAGAGUUGGGAAGUCGUCUAG